AUGGAAGGAAUUCAAACAGAAAAAUACUUCGAGUCUACUCGUCCAACGACACAACCAACAACAUCACCGACAAACAUUUUCCCUGCCGCAGAGCCAACACCAGACUGGAACAAAGCCAAGGAACUGUGGGGAAUAGCAUGGCAUAUACACUGGAUCGGUCUGGGAGUUGCAUUUAGUGUCUUGGCCAUCAUCUCUGUUGUAUCUUUGGUGCAAACAAACAAGCACCGGCGUGUCGGUCGUAAACCCCUUGCCGUGGCAAUAAAUGCACUCCUGUUGGUCUUGGGAAUCACACGCGCCUUGUAUCUCUUUGUGGAUCCGUAUGAAUCAAGACAGAACGGAGUAAAAAUGCCUCGUUGGGCUGCCCAGUUGCUUUACAACAUAUCGUUUCCUUGUUUAUCCUCAGCGUUUUAUUUAAUCUUUUUAGUUUUCCUUGAAGUUGCCAAAAUUCAAGUGGUAUCUAAGAAGCUUCAAAAUGCGCGCUUUCUCGUCGUUGUCAUAUCUGUACAUUUUGCCAUUGUCCUGUUUGCAGAAGUCUCCGGGAUCAUCAAACCCGAUUUCGCGGUGCCAUUCAUCGUUUGUCAACUGUUUUUCACUGUCUGGGGCUUGCUCCUUUCGGCAAGCUUUAUUUUUGGAGGUCUCAAAGUGAUCUGUCGUGCAAGGAACGUUAAAAAACAACUGACAACGCUUAGAGAAAAGCACCAAGAGAGGUCCAGUGUGAAAGGAUCUCAAAAGAAGAUAGGAACCAAUGCCUCUAAAGUGGCAAAAAUAACUCUCGUUACCAGCGGCCUAGGUCUUGCUUGGAGCAUCAUCCAGCUAUAUUCACUUAUAGAUGUAUAUCAUUUUUACCGCGAUACUUUACGACCUCCGCCACCCUGGCUGUGGUGGUCGUUCCAAACCUGUUUUCGCUUGGUUGAGAUCGCUAUGGCCUGCACGAUAGUUUAUUGUGUUAUGCAGCCCUCACAUAGAAAUGGCGCUAGUUCCGCCCGAAGGAAGUCUACAGCUCGUGAGAAUAUUCUCAGUGAAAAAGGUAUUUCGGAGACAGUUUAA